AACUAAACCAAUUUCGACUAUCGAUAUAAUCGAAUUGGUCCAGUCGAAGCAAGUUUAUAUAUGUCGAUUAUCGAAUUACUUACUGUUACAAUUUAUAGUGAAAAAACGGUGCGAAAGCUACGUGCGAAAAAAAUAUAUUGAAAAUAAUUGAAAAUAUUGAGAAUAAAAUAAUAAUGGUCAGUUGUUGCUUAUGCGGGUUUUCUAAAACAAAAGGACGUACGGAAACAUUUCACAGUUUUCCAACACGUCCAUGGCAACGACAAAAAUGGAUAGAAUUUAUGAACAUACCAAAUUGGCAACCAUUGAAAAAUAAUAAAUUAUGUUCAAAGCAUUUUACUCCUGAUUGCUUUGAUACAUCGGGAAAAAUUACUCGAUUAAAUAACACGGCUGUCCCAACUAUUAAAUUUGGAAGAAUAAAACAUCAAUACUUUAUAUUAUCAACAGAAAAUAGUACAAUAAAUAAUACAGAAGAGGUAAUACCUUCCGAAAUAUCUGUUACCUCUAAAAUUUCUGUACCACAAAUAAUGAAAGUGAAUACUAUUAAUGUCAAAGAUAAGGAAUCGAUUUUUACCCAAAUAUCUGCAUUGCAAGCGGACAGAUCAAGUACACUUUCACGAGAGAAAAGGAAGAAAAACUCUGCCUUGAGUUAUUAUCCAGCACAAAAUGAUACUCCAAGAAAAAGUAUUCUGAAAAGGAAAAUUCUAGAAAUGGCAACAAAUGAACAAUUACUCCUGAAACAUAUAAGAAAAUUACAGAAAGUGAUGUAUCGGCAGAAACAACAGAUACAAAAUUUGACAUCAGUUAUACAAAAAUUAUACAAUAAUAGUAUGAUUACUUAUAAUGCCAAAGAAGUAUUGUAAAAUCAUUUUAGUAGUAACAGGAAUUUAUUCUUGAAUAUUUUAAUAGUACAAAAGUGCAAUACAUGCAAAUAACCAAAGUUGUGUUGAAUAUUUUAUAUAUUAA